AUGGGUGACCCACAGUUCGCCAAGUAUCCCGACCUGCAACUGUCGCAGCACAUCUUCCAGCUCACCAAUCCCGCUGCCUCCAAGUCCGCCAAGCAAGCCUCGCUCAAAUCGGUCCAAGAUGCCAUCGCCGAACACAAGAUGGCGCCGCUGUACCGGUACCUGGCCCAUCCCGCGGAAGGCGUAUUGAACACACCAGGUGAGGGUGGGGCAGAGCAAGCCACAAGCCAUCGAAGACCCUCGGCCAGCCUGGCCAACAUGCUCGCUACGAAGAAGCCGUCACUUGAAAUACCAUUGGCCUGGGAUGAGAAGCUUUACCAGAGCUUGAGUGCGGAGAACGAGAAGGAGUUAGAAGCCAUACAAAAGGAAGAGGAUGAGGCAUCAGAAAAGGCAGGCGAGACAGAAGUUCAGGCGGCUCGAGGUAAGCGGGCAGAGCUCUACAAUCGCAUCGGAGACAAGGACAAAGCGAUUGCAAGUUACGAGGCCAUCUUCGAAAAGACUGGCAUUCUAGGCACCAAGAUCGAUCUCGUGCUCGCCAUAAUACGUGUCGCCCUCUUCUUUGGCGACAGGAUACUGGCAAAGAAGACGAUUGACAGAGCAAGCGCUCUGAUUGAGAGCGGUGGUGACUGGGACCGCCGCAAUCGUCUCAAGGCCUACACUGGGCUACACUACCUCACCGUUCGAUCGCACGCACAAGCGGCACCCCUCCUACUCGACAGCCUUUCCACAUUCACCAGUUACGAGCUGUGCAGCUACUCCAAUCUCGUCGUCUAUGCCAUCCUCGCUGGCUCCGUCUCACUGAAGCGUGUCGACUUCAAGUCCAAGGUCGUGGACGCACCCGAGAUCAAGGCUAUUGUCGGUACAUCGGAGGAGAAGCUCUCGGCCCUCUCCGGGCAGACAUCAUCUGGUCCUGGAGCCGGUGAUGAGGAGAUGACGGAUGCUGCGUCAGGGUCCACUGCCACGCCAGCACCCACCCUUGUGAACCUCACCACUCUUGGUGGUCAGCAAGAGAAGGAGGCGCCGAUUGAAUUUGCGCCCCUCGCCAAGUUGGUCAAGAGCUUGUACGAGGGUGACUACAAGGGCUUCUUUGGCGCUCUUGGCGAGGUCGAAGUCAACUUCCUUAGCCAAGAUCGGUACAUGUACGAGCACCGUGGUUGGUAUGUGCGUGAGAUGCGACUGCGCGGCUACCAGCAGCUCUUGCAGUCGUACCGAGUCGUCGGCCUGGAGAGCAUGGCCAAGGACUUUGGUGUCACGGUGGACUUUCUCGACAAGGACCUCGCGAGAUUCAUUGCGGCAGACCGCAUACCCUGCACCAUCGACCGGGUCAAGGGCAUCAUCGAGACCAACCGACCGGAUGACAAGAACAAGCAGUACGCAGACGUGGUGAAACAGGGCGAUCAAUUGAUCACCAAGCUGCAAAAGUACGAAGCCGUUGACCGGUACCAACUCUGGGGUGGCACAGAUGGGCCAAGGUUGGGUGAGCCGGCAGCUGAGCCGGCCCCCCAAUCUGCACUCGUGGAGAAUCGGCAGGAUCCGUGCGGGCGGGCGGGUUUACGGUCUACGGUGUACCCGAUUGACAGUCAGGAGAAGCAGGGUCCAGUCGCCAAUAAUGUCGCCGUCAUGGGCUCAGACGAGCAUCAGCAGCCUUCGCGCCCACGUCUCGAGUUCACGGCUGCGGCCGGGUGUGAUUGCCGCGCGUGA